UUUCCCCUUCCAUCCAUCUCUCUCUCUCUCUCUCUCCUUCUUUCUCCCCUUCAGGGCCAACAUUCACUUGACUUUACCCACUUCCUUAUCUUGUACUACUAUCGUCUUCUUCUUUUCUUCUCUUCUUCUUCUUCUUCUUCUUCUUCUUCUCCUCCUGCUUCCUCUUUCUUCUUCUUCCUCUCCCUCCCCACAUCCCCCUCCCUUUAUUCAUACCGCCCACUAGUCUUCCCACCUCUUAUCUCUCGUUAACCAUUACUCUUUUGUCUCACCCCCCCCCCCUUUUUUCCUUUUUCCCUAUUUCCUGCCUUAUCUCAGACAGUAGUUGAGCAGUGCUCCUCCAGUCACACACGAUGGCCUCUCACUCCAACGCCGGCAAGCGGAAGCGCGCUGCCGCCCAACAAUCUCCCGCUAAUGCCGCCAAAUCCGCCAAAUCCACCACCGCAGAGACCCUACAACCCUCCUCUCGCGAUGCAUCCGGUGAGGAUGGCGAUGAUUCCACCGACGUUAACACCCCCUCCUCCACCAAGCACAACAUGAACCCUCCCGUUGACGUCACCUCCGCCGGAAAUGCCCCCGCCUCCAAGCGCGCCCGCAAGAGCACCUCCAGCGACAACCAUGUGAAUGGCAACAAGGAAGACCCUGGUGAACCCUCCGAGACCACCGUCGCCAGCAGUGAUAUCGAGGAGGCCCGUCGGGGCCGACCGGAAUUGCACGUCGAGACCCUCGAUCCCGAAGAGGAGGAGGAUGAGGAGUUGAUGGAACCCCCUGAGCGGGCCGGCCUGCAACACCCCGUGGGCUAUCGCACCAACGACCCCCCGGUCGGUCGACCAAUUCGCAUCUACGCCGAUGGUGUUUUUGAUCUCUUCCAUCUGGGUCACAUGCGUCAACUCGAACAGGCCAAGAAGGCUUUCCCCGAUGUCCAUCUCAUGGUCGGUGUCACCGGCAAUGCCGAGACCCAUCUGCGCAAGGGUUUGACCGUCCUCAGUGGCGCCGAACGCGCCGAGAGCAUCCGCCACUGCAAGUGGGUGGAUGAGGUCAUCCCGGAUUGCCCCUGGAUCGUCACCCCCGAGUUCAUCGACGAGCACCAGAUCGACUACGUCGCCCACGACGAUAUCCCCUACGGCGCCGAUGAGGGGGAUGAUAUCUACGCCCCCAUCAAGGCGCAGGGCAGGUUCCUCGUCACCCAGCGCACGGAGGGUGUCAGCACGACGGGGAUCAUCACACGGGUCGUCCGCGAUUACGAUCAAUACAUCUCCCGACAGUUCAAGCGGGGCGCGUCGCGGCAGGAGUUGAACGUGUCGUGGAUCAAGAAGAACGAGUUGGAGAUCAAGCGUCACGUGGGUGAGAUCCGGGACACCAUCCGGACCAACUGGACGACCACCGGUCAGGAGCUGGGCCGCGAACUGCGCCAGUUCUGGAACAGCCGUCCCGGCAGCCCGGCCCCGAGCGCCCGGAACAGCAUGGACUAUGGCAACGGCCGGAGUGGCCUGAUCAGCCCGACGGGCAUCAAAUCGCAUCUGUCCCGUGUGGAGUCACGGGGCCGACCCGAGAGCCCUGGACCGAGUGGACGCAACGAGCCUGAUUUUGCGACGGGAUACAGUUUGGGAUUGUUCGGUGGUGUACGAUCUUGGAUGCGCAGCCGCCGCUCGUUGGUGGACAGCCGUGGCCACUCGCCGGCCAGCGAGGAAGAGCGGGAAUCCGACCAGGAACACCGUAACGGACAUGCCAGCCCGUCGGCGAAGCCGCAAGCCUCUGCGACGACAGUCUAAGAAGCUUUCCUGUUGACCCUUUGUCAUCACUACGACCUUUCUCUUUUCUUUUCUUUUUCUUCUUUUUGGCUUUCUCACCCGUGUCUUAACCCAUAUUUCCUCGUAUCACCUUUAUUUUUACAUUUGGUUUUCUUUCCUUUUCUUCUUUGAUUUAUCAUUCUCCGUUGAUAUUAUUACUCUUCCCCGUACCUAUAAUAUAUGAUGUGAAUUGGACGGGGGAAUUGGACGCGUCGCGAAAAGAGGAUGGACGGACAGAACGAAACGGAAAACGGGAACGAUGACCUCAGUUGGAUGGUCAAAUGGAUGGAGCGAACGAGGGUAUAUCUUUAUUAUGGAAUUGUCGAUUGUCGAUUGUCGCUUCUGAUUUUGUUUCUGGUGAAUGGGUAUGAAUAGAUUGAUUUACCUCCAA